AUGCUCAAACGCAAGGACCCACCAACUUCCGCAGCCGGGACUACCAAGAAAAAAGAGACAGAUAAAUCGACAGUCCAGAGUUAUCUUACUUCGUGGGUCAAACCCACCGUAGAGACGCCGACAGACAAGACGUCAGUGACGCUGGAUAGCCUGGCAGCAGGACUGGAUGAUAACACCAAGAAGUUGUUAAAGUUGGAAGCUGAUACUAUGAACAAAGAAUGGUUGCUGGCGUUGAAGGCGGAAUUUAAGAAGAAUUACUUUUUGGAGUUAAAGAAAUUUCUUGCGACUGACGCGAAGUCCUUCAAAAUAUUUCCACCCGCUGAGGAUAUUUAUAGUUGGUCGAGAUUUACACCUGUUUCGAAAGUUAAAGUUGUCAUCCUUGGUCAAGAUCCUUAUCACAAUGAGGGACAAGCCCAUGGUCUAUGUUUCAGUGUUAGGCAUGGUGUUGCACCUCCUCCAUCCCUGAUCAACAUCUACAAAGGCAUUAAAACCGACAUCCCGACUUUCCGUGUACCCAAGCACGGUUGUCUUGAAAAUUGGGCUAAGAACGGUGUUCUAUUGUUAAACGCAUCACUUACCGUUCGCGCGCACGCCGCAUCAAGUCAUAGCAAACACGGAUGGGAAGAGUUUACCGAUGCGGUGGUUAACUACUUGAGCGAAAGGAAAUCCGGAUUGGUAUUCAUGCUUUGGGGAGGACACGCUCAAAAGAAGGGAAAGCGUAUUGACAAGCGGAAACACUUGGUAUUGAAUGCAGUCCAUCCUUCUCCAUUGUCUGCGCGAGGAGGAUUCUUUGAGUGCCGUCAUUGGUCACAGGCUAAUGCAUAUUUGAAAAGUUUAGGAAAGGAAACUAUUAAUUGGGAUUGUCUUGUGGAUGAUAAUAAUGAUGUUGGUAAUUUAGAUAUCGAACAAAUGCCGCUAGAGGAAAAGGAUGAUGGCGUGCUAGAAACGGUCAGUGCUGACGAUGAAAAUGCAGUCGAGCAAGUGCCGACAGAGGAAGACCAAGCUGUUAUGCAAGAAACUGCUAGUAACGAUGCAGUUGAGCAAGUUGCAGUCAAUUGA